CCCCAUUUCUCCCCCCUUCCGUUCGGCGCCGAGAAUAAAAAUAAAAAAAAUUCAAUUCCUCCCCAAAAAUCCCUCACCACAAAAUCCAUUUUCCAAUUCCCAAUUUCUCCCAAAAUCCCCAAUUCUCAAAGACCUUCAUUUCAGGCGUCCUCGGUCCGUCGGCCGUCUGUUCGUCGUCGUCGCAGCGAUGGCGGACAUCGUGAAGCAGAUCUUGGUGAAGCCAAUCCAAUUAGCGGAUCAGAUCACGAAAGCAGCAGACGAUGUCCACUCCUUCAAGCAAGAUUGCGCGGAGCUGAAAUCAAGAACGGAGAAGCUAGCGGCGCUCCUCCGUCAGGCGGCACGUGCGAGCUCCGAUCUCUACGAACGGCCCACACGCCGCAUCAUCGACGAUACCGAGCAGGUCCUGGAGAAAGCCCUAGCUCUCGUCUGCAAGUGCCGAGCCAACGGCCUCAUGAAACGGGUUUUCACCAUCAUCCCUGCAGCCGCCUUUAAGAAGAUGUCGUCGCAGCUUGAAAAUUCGAUCGGCGAUGUUUCUUGGCUCCUACGCGUCUCAGCUACUGGCGACGAUCGUGACGAUGAUGAGUAUCUCGGUGGUUUACCGCCGAUCGCUGCUAACGAGCCGAUCCUUUGCUUGAUCUGGGAGCAGAUCGCCACCCUCUACACCGGGUCUCUAGAUGAUCGAUCCGAUGCGGCCGCUUCGCUUGUAUCACUCGCCAACGACAAUGACCGUUACGGGAAGCUGAUCAUUGAAGAGGGCGGCGUCGGACCCCUUCUCAAGCUCGUCAAGGAAGGCCGGCUUGAGGGGCAGGAGAAUGCUGCCCGAGCGAUUGGGCUUCUCGGGCGUGAUCCGGAGAGCGUCGAGCAGAUGAUCCAUGCCGGUGUCUGUUUGGUGUUUGCUAAGGUUCUGAAAGAAGGGCCGAUGAAGGUGCAAGCUAUGGUGGCGUGGGCCGUAGCUGAGCUCGCUGCCAAUCAUCCCAAAUGCCAGGACCAUUUCGCCCAGAAUAACAUAAUUCGACUGCUGGUGGGCCAUCUGGCCUUUGAGACAAUCCAAGAGCAUAGCAAGUAUGCUGUCAGCAGCAACAAGGCCAUGUCCAUCCAUUCCGUCGUGCUCGCCAACAACAAUAGCGGCAUGGUGGGAUAUACGAAUAGAGCAGGCCACCAUGAGGAGGACGACAAGAAUAUCCAUAGCCAGGUUGGCCGUCCGUCGGCUAAUCAUAGCCAGGAUCAGAUGCAUUCUUUGAUCCAGAACACCAUGGCUGGUAAGUCCCAGCCUCAAUCCCGACCGCAAUCCCAAUCGAGCAAGCCACCAAUCAACAAUAGCAAUAACACCCACAACAAACAGCAACAGCAGCAGCUGCAACAGCAACAGCCACAGCCGCAUCAUAUCUCACUCUCAGGCUCCAGCAUCAAAGGCGGGAGAGAAUACGAGGAGCCUGCCACCAAGGCGGCCAUGAAGGCGAUGGCUGCCAAGGCCCUCUGGCACCUUGCUAAGGGCAAUUCUGCCAUCUGCCGCAGCAUGACCGAAUCGCGGGCCCUCCUCUGUUUCGCGGUCCUGCUGGAGAAGGGCACCGGUGAUGUCCAAUACAAUUCGGCCAUGGCAUUGAUGGAGAUAGCUGCAGUUGCAGAGCAGGAUGCCGAUCUCCGGCGGUCUGCUUUCAAACCAACCCCGGCCGCAAAGGCAGUCAUUGAUCAGCUGCUGAGAAUUGUCGACAAGGCUGACUCUGAUCUCCUCAUCCCUUGCAUUAAGGCAAUUGGGUGCCUAGCAAGGACAUUCCGGGCCACCGAGACAAGGAUUGUCGGGCCGUUGGUACGGUUGCUCGAGGAUAGAGAAGGGGAGGUCAUGCGGGAGGCGUCGAUCGCACUGACCAAGUUUGCCUGCACUGAGAAUUACCUCCAUGACGAUCAUUCAAAGGCCAUAAUCAAUGCCGGCGGGGCGAAGCACCUGAUCCAGCUUGUAUACUUUGGGGAGCAGAUUGUUCAAAUUUCAGCAUUGACUCUUCUGUGCUACAUUGCAUUGAGCGUACCCGACAGUGAGGCGCUUGCCCAGGCGUCGGUGCUCACGGUGCUCGAGUGGGCCACGAAGCAGGGCUACAUGGUUCAGGAUCCAAUAGUGGAUUCGCUGUUGCCAGAGGCGAAAGUUAGGUUGGAGCUGUAUCAAUCCAGAGGAUCAAGAGGAUUUCAUUAAUUGAAAUUGAUAAAAUUUUCAACCAAAAAGAGGGGUAAAAAAACUUCAAAAACCCAGUUUUUGAAUUUCAAUUUUUUUGCUAUUGGAGUGUAUAUACCAGUUAGUUUUUAUUGUUACAUUAGAGAUAGAGAGUCCCACAUACCCAUAGAUGUUUGUUUUUAAUUUUAUUGUUUUUUUCUUCUUCUUUUUGUGUAAUUUUUUAAACGGUGAGGAUGGUUCCUUUGGGUUUCCAAAUUUGAGGGGUUUAUUUCUUUGGAAAGGCUGCAAUUUGUUUAUGUAUGAUGCUUGCAAAA